UGUGGCCAGGCUGGAUAUAGGUUCUUAUUUACUUACGUCAACUCGUAAUCCGUGCCGAAUAUAAUAUUCCACGCUCUCCUCGUGCCCCGAACCUCAAAGACCGACCCAUCGACUAGUUGCUUGUCCGCAUUUCUGUUGUAGCCUUGUUUAAAACCUAGCAGGUUAACUACCUAGGUACUUACUUCAUUUUAUUAAAUCUCCCAUUUACUGUACUUAUAUCUACCAUGGAUUUCAGCCAAUGGGGUAAUCCCAGCAAAGAAUGGCUUGCUUUUGCGGCGGCAAAUCCGGCGCUCCUGGCACGGAACGAGGAUCAUCUGCCGCCACUUGUUCUACAACAAAAGACGAAUCAUUCCCGCACAACAAUCGCCAAGACACUCGUCGCGGCUACAGGUCUGGGUAAUCUUGUCGUCACGGAGGAUUAUGUCGUACCGACUCGGGACGGGAAGUCUAUCACCAUCCGGACCUACCGGCCCAUCUUGCUAGGUGCGAAGCCGCUUCCCGGCUACGUAUUUUUCCACGGAGGAGGCUACUUCUUCGGCUCGUUGGAUACGGAGCUCUUUAACUGCUCCUGGUUGGCACAUGCGUUGUCUAUUACUGUCGUACAUGUCUGCUAUCGCCAUACUCCUCAUGUUAGCGGGUUGACACCGUGGCACGAUGCCCUCGACGGUUUUGAAUGGGUUGUUACGCAUACGGAGAAGCUCGGAAUUGUCGCUUCCCGCAUCGUCGUGGGUGGUAUCUCGGCAGGCGGCUCGCUGACGGCGUGCGUGGUGCAGAACGAGGUGCGGCGCGCGCGCGAAACGGGAACGCCGUGCCGUAUACAUGGUCAGGUCUUAGGCAUUCCGAACCUAAUCAAUUUGAAGGCAUUCCCCUACCAUCUAUUCGCCGACAAGGAGAAGACAUCCCUGGUGCAAUGCGCGGAUGCUGCUGUUAUCCCAAAGCAACGAAUGAGACUUUUCACCGAGAUGCUAGGUAGCGAUGUUUAUCCGGCUAACCAGACUUGGAGUCCUGGGCUUGUCGACGAGGAGGAAUUGCGUGGCACGCCGCAUACGGCUAUUAUGGUUGCCGGGUGGGAUCCCAUCCGGGACGAAGGGCUGUGGUACGCACAGAAGUUGAAAAAUGCAGGUGUUCGGACAAAAGUCCAUAUCUUCCCGGGUCUUCCUCACGCUUUCUACGCCUUUGUCGGUCUACCAUCGCAUAGACGCUGGAACGAAACUAUGCUCGAUUCUUUGCGCUGGGCGGUAACCGAGGAAGACGGAUGGAUCGUCGAGGAGCCUCCCGUGAUGUCACCGCUUAUGGAGAAGGCUUUGGCAAUCGGCGCCCCGGUUGACCCGACAACUCCUGGUGCCACUCCCGAGGAUAUGGCAAAGUCGGGAAACCUUCUUCGAGGAGAAUAAUGUUUUUCUUUUUCUGUGGAUUCGAGGGGCCAAUAGCGAAUAAUCAGUUUUACGAGUUCUCUUCAUGGCAAAUGGAGGUGGAAAGAAUCAAGAUGACGGUAGUAGAAGUCUAGAUGAUGCCGUCAUCUUUUAAAAUCACAUCCACGAAAACCUGACUGUACCGAAGGGGAUAUGCAUAACAUUAGGUACCUCCUAUCUUAGGUAGGUAGGUAGGUAUACAGAGAUAGAGCAUGAAUUAAGCCCGACCAGCCAUAUUGGCCUUCUCUUAUUAUUGUCGGCAGUCCCUCGGGCCUCAACUUAGCAAGUCACUCCUUAUAAACAUUCUUAUAUCUUAGGUACCUCCUAUACUAUGGUAGAUUUCCAUCUU